AUGUCUGAUUUUAAUGAAAUUAAUCAAAAGAUAGCUAAUUUACAAGAAAUUGUUAGUAAACAAUCUAAAUUGAUUGCUACUACUGGUCAGAAAUUAAUUGAAGUACAAGUUCAAGAUGUGAAGACAAGAAUGGCUAAUUUUGAUAAAAAUCAACAACAACAUCAACAACAACAACAACCAAGUGAGGACUUUAUAAAUAGUGAAGAUGUUGUACAAUUGGUUACCGAAUUACAAACUCAAUUGGAUGGGUUAGAAGACAGGUCAAUGAGAAGAACUUAUAAUGCUGCUAUUACUUCAGAUGAUGAAAAAUUGGCACCCAUGACAAAUAAAGAUGGUGAUUUUCCUGACUUUAAAUUACCUACAACAUUUAAAGAAUUUAAAGAGUUGAAGAAAUUAGACAUUAUUAAUCUUGGUUUAUUUUAUGAAAUUUUAUUACCUAAUGAAGAAGAAAUUAAUCAAACAGAAUCAAGACAAGAUAUAGAUAAAAUAAAUUCACAAAAAAGUGAAAAAUUAGAAGAUUUUAGUAAAGGGUUUACUGAAUCUCAAGUUGAUGAAAUAUUUGAUGAAUUGGCAAGAUUUUUUGGUUUAAGAAAUAGAAGAGGUAUUGAUGGGUAUUAA